GUAAACAAUAUGGCGAGCUGGGAUGACAUAUUGAAGUUGCAAGCAGAUUUAAAGGCAGCACACGAAUCUACUACAAAACAAAAACUAUCUGAACGGAAUGUGAUUGAAAUAGUGACAGGCCUGAUUGAGAAGGGCCUGCUGGAGGUGAUCUACACAGUCGAUGGCAAGGAGUACAUUACACCAAAUGAGCUUGCCAAAGAAAUCAAGGAUGAGCUUAUUGUCCAUGGAGGUCGUAUCAACCUUGUGGAGCUAGCUCAGGUGCUUAAUUUGGACUUUAGCCAUGUGGAGAGCAAGGCAAGUGAGGUGGUCCACCAAGACAAGCACAUGACCCUCGUCCUCGGCCAGCUCAUAGACAGGAGUUACCUGGACCGUCUGGCGGAGGAGGUGAAUGACAAGCUACAGGAACGAGGUCAUGUGACCAUCCCGGAGCUCACGAAGCUGUAUGACCUUCCUGCAGACUUCCUUGCUAAGAAUCUGCACUCUCGGCUGGGCACAAUUGUAAAGGGUCAGGUAGACAGUUAUGACAAGGACGUGAUCUUCACUGAUGCAUUCAUUGCACGCAUGAGAUCACAGAUCAGGGGCGCUUUCAGUGCUGUAACCAGACCAAUUCAAAUAGGAACAUUGAUUCAGCAGUACAGGUUUCAAGAAAGAAUAUUCUUCUCCAUCCUUGAAGAGCUAGUGGGGACGGGACGUCUGGCAGGGACAAUCUCUGGGGGUCGCCAGGACAAGGCCACGUACAUACCCGACGUCUACACUCGAUCACAAAAUGACUGGGUCGAUAGCUUCUACAAACAAAAUGGCUAUCUUGAGUAUGAUGCCAUGAGAAGGCUGGGUAUCUCAGACCCGAAGGAGUUUAUCCGUAAGCGUUUCAAGAGCGAGAGUCCUGUGCACCUGACCUCGUGCAGCGUGGGGCGUGGCAUUCUGGACCAGGUGGAAGCCAGCGUGGAGGAGGCCCUAACUGAUGGACUCUGGGUCGAUAUUAUGCCCCUAUUGCCAUCGAUAUUCAGCCCUAAGGAUGCCAACACAUUAUUGACUAGCUGUCUGAAGAAGCAUUCAGGGGCGAUUGUGUGUUGUGACACGAUCGUUGCCAGCGAUAAAAUCAUCUCCCAGUGCUCCAAACCAUUCCCCAAGCUUAUGGCCAUCAAAGCAGAGAAGGAUGCUAAGAGCCACCCAGUGUUCAAGGUUGGACAGGAGAGGGCAGGGGAAGGGUCAAAGGACGGGGGCCAGACCAAGGAGGACAGGAAGGACCAGAGAAGGAAAAAGGCAGCUGGUGGCAGUGGAAGCACCAAGUCUCUGACCGGUACCCAGGGCAGGGAGGUGAAGACUAAAUCCCUGAAGAAGAAGUCACACAGGGGUCGUGAUGAGCAGGACUCUGAUGAGGAGGAGGUCAUGUCCAAACCCAAGUCAAGGUCACAGGAGAUAGAGUUCAUGAGCAUGGAGGAGAUUGAAGAGGUGUUAAGGAAGGAUGACUCCUUGGAGGAUUGUCCCCCAGAACUGAUAAGCGAGAUUGCUCAACAGCUCAUCAGGCCUCUAACAAAGCAGUAUCAGGACGUUGCCAAGUCCAUAUUCCUGCAGGCAUCAGGAACAGAGUCCACCUCUGCACGUAAGAAGACCCAUGGCGAGCUACAGGAGAAACUCACUGGCCUCUGGACCAAUGCACGCCUGUUUGAGAAGGGACUCAAACAUCUACCUGAGGAUGUUCAGUUGAACUCUGUGCGUCACUUGCUACGGACUGUGUGUACCGAUAUAACCAACCUAGUUCUCAACGCCAUAGCAACAGAUCACAUGCUCUCUGUGGCGGAUGAGUCCACUCUGACAAAUGAGAGCCGAGUUAAAUUAAUCACAAAACUGUCGGACAAUAUCCAAGCUGAUAUGUCCAAGUUGAACGCUUCAUUGAACGGAAAGUCUCUGGAUGACUUUUUCAACCAACUGGAUGUACUGUGUGGACCUGCAAACCUGGGAAUUAUGCUGAAGAAACCUGACAAGAAGAAGGAAAGACAGCUGACAUUCAGUCACCGUCAAGCGCUAUGUGAGCAGUUGACCACGGAGAAGGACGGGGCAAUGUCGCUGCACCUAGCUUGUGUCAUCCUCUUCCACAAGUUCACAAGCUGUAUAGUGCAUGUGCCUGGCAAGUGUGUUCCUCAGCUGCUCCUGUUCCUCAAAGACCACCUGGAACCUGAGAAGUUCCAGGAGAUGACAGCACUACAAGAUCUUAUCAUAGCCCAGCUCCAGAGACAGCAGUCAGGAGACAGCGAUGAGGACAAAAGUGUUCCAACUAUGACGGAAAACAUUGAAAAGGUCAAGGUCAUCGCUAUGGAAACCAAAAAGUCGAUACAAAAUGGCGCAGCAGCAGCAGCAGAGGAUUAAAUUUCAAGUUGUUGACGGAAUGACUGCACAUAAUCAUUUUUGUCAUUGGUGCAAUUAUGUCAGAGUUCAUAGCUGCUAGAAUAAAGUUUCAAGUUGCAGUUUUGAACAAUUUGCUUAGCAAAAUACAAGGAAGAUCUACAUGUGUACCUUCUUAUUAAGGAACACCAUAGACUGGUAUCUUUAUUCAGUUUUAAGAGGAGACUUGACAAUAUUUCUGUGGAGUGUAGGUUUACUGUUUUAUUUGUUAAAAUAAUAUAUUUAUACAAGUAAUAGAUUGUUAUAGAAUAAAAUAAAUUAAAAACUUGA